AUGCCUGAAGUCGACCCACCUCAACAACAACAACCUAUGGAGGUCCCCGCCCUCGAGGGUGUGGUGAUUACCCGUCAGCCCACGUCUGAGCCUCAGAUGGAGAUGGGUCUUCGCGGUGGCUUUGAAGAGGAAUGCGGCUGCUGUGGGUGUGAGGAGUCUUGCAGCUGCUGCGGAUCAGACGAGCACGAGGGCCCUCAUGGCGGUGGCCCUCCUGGCGGUGGCCCUGAAUUCGGAGGUCCUGGCGGCGGUGGUGGUGGUGGCUUCGGGGGUCCUGGAGGUCCUCACGGACCAUAG